UCCAAGGAUAAGACAAGUAACUUCACCACAGGCAUUUGCCUUUUGUUCUACAACCAGCAAUGCCUUCCUUCGACUCUGGGCUUGUUUUGACGAACUCCCGACAACCAGUCUUUGAAGGUGCAAAAUGACUCAGGGGAAGUAAGAAAACUGGUAGCAUUGGAUGGAAGCAGAAAGCAAAGUGACCUCUAUCUUCUGUGUCUCGUUGAGAUGGGGUUACAGAAGUGCGGGGGCUGUUUAAGCUGCCUUUUAAUACCCCCCGCACUUUGGAGCAUUGUUAUAAAUGUCCUGCUGUAUUUUCCUGAUGGGAAAACGUGGUAUGCCUCUGGCAACAACCUCAGCAACUAUGUGUGGUAUUUUGAAGGAAUCUGUUUCUCUGGUAUUAUGAUGCUUCUCCUAGCAGCACUUUUGAUCAUCUUGGACAGAGAAAUGUUCCCUCGGUGCUGUCAGAGUGAAAGCUGUACCAAAACAUACAGGAGUGUGAUUUCAGUGGUGCUUUCGCUGCUUGGGAUUGCUUUCUCCGGCUACAGUCUCAUAAUUUCUACGUUGGGCUUAGUGCAGGGUCCAUAUUGCAAAACUCCAGAUGGUUGGGAAUAUAUUUUCAAAGACACUGCAGGCAGCUACCUCAUGGAUCACACUGCCUGGUCUGAAUGCUCAGAACCAGCUUAUGUUGUGGAAUGGAACAUCAUUUUGUUUUCAAUUCUGAUAGCUCUUAGUGGUCUUCAGAUGUUGAUUUGCUUUCUGAAGGUGAUUGCAGAGUUAAAGAAGAUACUGUGUGGGACUUAUCCUGUCUUUAUUCAGCCUGGGCUGAUCUGACAGUCACGAGAACAGACUCAUCAAGUCCUGCAAGACACCACCAUGCUUCUCGUCAUAAUUUCUUUUUCUUUCCUUUCUAUUCCACAUAGAAAGCAAUAUCAACAUUUUGUAACUCACACUGCUCCAUACUGUUCCAGGCAAAUGCAGUUUUUUACCUAUCUGUAGAGGUGUUUUGCUCAAUGUUUCCGUCCCUUCUCCUUCCUUGUGAUGCUUAUAUAGUUAAACAGUGAGCCAUCAGGCCAGAGAUCUCUAGUACCAGUAUUUUAAAAGCAUCUAGGUCACAGAGAGGCAACUCCAGUAUGUGUGGUGAAUGGUGGCAUGCCUGACCAUUUUGGACACCAUGACAGUUCUGGAGACGAGAAGGUUAAGGAGUGACAUUAUAACCAUGUUUAAAUAUUUGAAAGGAUGUCAUGUUGAAGAUGGAGCAAACUUGUUUUCUGCUGCUCCAGAAACUAGGACAAGGAGUUAUGGAUUCAAGGGGCAGGAAAACAGAUUCCACCUAAACAUUAGGAAGAACUUCCUGAUGAUAAGGGCUGUUUGACAAGUGAAUACACUGCUUCAGCGGGUGGUGGAGUUUUCUUCUUUGGAGGUUUUUAAACUGAGGCUUGAUGGCCAUCUGUCAGAUUGUGUACUGCUGUGUGGCAGAGGGUUGGACUUGAUGGCCCUUGUGGUCUCUUCCAGCUCUAUAAUUCUAUGAAUUUUCUUAAUAAAAUUAAUGUAGGAGUAAGAGAGAAUAUAAAUAUUGACAGCCUGGACUUCUUAAUCAUGACACCAACACUUUGGAACUCUUUUGCAAGGAGACUGACCCCUCCUGUUGCCAUCUUUUGUCAAUGAGUGCAGACUUUUUUUGGUUUGUUUAUUUUGGCAUUCCCUCAAUGAUCCCUCUCUCCUGCCUGCUUGCCUGCCUGCCUGUAAUUGUUUUUAUAUGUAUUUUAGCACUGAUUUUAAUUGUUUCCAUGAUGCAUAGGGAUUUUUGUUAGUAUUAAUGGUUUUUAAAGUGUUGUUUUAUUGUGGACAUUUUAAUUUGUUAGCCACCUUGGUGACAGUGCAAGGGCAGAAAGGCAAGGUAGAAAUUUUAUAAAACAAACAAGUAAAUAAUAAACCAGAAUUUUGUAUCCAUUAAAUGUCAAGAGACAAACCA